GCCAGUGUGACUGUCGCCAGUCUCCUGGCAGCCAAAAUGAAGGGUAUAGUCUCAGUCUGCUGCUUCGUCUCCCUGCUUCUCCUGGCCUCAGCAGAGGAGGAGGACAAGGAGGUGCUGACCUCGAUUCUGCGGGACCGGUCCCACAUCGAGGAGACACUGCGGCUGGCUUCAGAGGAGCCCUCUGGCGACUAUACAGCGGCCCUGCAGAAACUGCGCAAGAUCUACCACUCGUCCAUCAAGCCCAUGGAGCAGGCGUACAAGUACAACGAGCUGAGGCAGCACGAGAUCUCAGCCUACCCUGGACGAACCCUGGGGGCGUCAGCGACAGAUGGAGAGAUCAUGUCCAAGCCCAUGGUGCUCUUCCUGGGUCCUUGGAGUGUGGGCAAGUCCUCCAUGAUCAACUAUCUACUAGGCCUGCAGGACACCCCUUACCAGCUCUACACCGGUGCUGAACCCACUACUUCGGAGUUCACAGUCAUCAUGCACGGUGAGAAGAUCCGUUCCAUCGAGGGCAUCGUGAUGGCUGCCGACAGCUCCCGUUCCUUCUCGCCACUGGAGAAGUUCGGUCAGAACUUCCUGGAGAAACUGGUCGGCAUUGAGAUGCCGCACAAGCUCCUGGAGAGAGUCACCUUCGUCGACACGCCCGGCAUCAUCGAGAACCGCAAGCAGCAGGAGCGAGGCUACCCCUUCAAUGACGUAUGCCAGUGGUUCAUUGACCGCGCAGACCUGAUCUUUGUGGUGUUUGACCCAACCAAGCUGGAUGUAGGCAUGGAACUGGAGAUGUUGUUUCGGCAACUCAAGGGCCGGGAGUCCCAGAUUCGCAUCAUCCUCAACAAAGCCGACAGCCUGGCCACGCAGGACCUCAUGCGAGUCUACGGCGCCCUCUUCUGGAGCUUGGCGCCGCUCAUCAAUGUGACGGAGCCCCCUCGUGUCUACGUCAGCUCUUUCUGGCCUUAUGAUUAUGCCCCGGACACUAGCCGCGAGCUUUUCAAGCGCGAGGAGAUCUCCCUGCUGGAGGACCUCAACCAGGUGAUCGAGAACCGACUGGAGAACAAGAUUGCAUUCAUCCGGCAGCAUGGGAUCCGUGUGCGUAUCCACGGCCUGCUGGUGGACCGCUAUGUGCAGACCUUCAAGGACAAGAUGAGCUUCUUCAGUGAUCCAGAACUGGUCUUCCAGGAGAUUGUGGAUGACCCCGACAAGUUCUACAUCUUCAAGUCCAUCUUGGCCAAGACCAACGUCAGUAAGUUUGACCUGCCAAACCGUGAUGCCUAUCGCGACUUUUUCGGCAUCAAUCCUGUGAGCAGCUUCAAGCAGCUCUCGUCCCAGUGCUCCUACAUGGGCGGCUGUCUGCUGGAUAAGAUCGAGAGGGCCAUCACCAAUGAGCUGCCCGGCCUGCUCAGCAGCAUCUCCUCGGGGAAAAACCCCACCCUCUCCUCCUGCGAGGCCACUGGCUGUGGAGAGAAGCCCAAGAAUCGCUACCGGCGACACUGAGGGAAUGUCAGGGGAGAACGAGGGAGAGGGGAGGAGGUAGAGGAGAAGGAGGAUAAAGAGGAGGAAGGAUGAGAGUUGUGUAAAUGGUAGCGCUGUCUGAAUGCGGCGCCCCCUGGUGGUCCAUGUUGUCUACAGAGGGAAAAGAUGUUUUUUUUUUUUUUUUUGCUUGUGGUUUAAUUUCUCUUUUGGAAGACUGAAGGUUGGGAGUUUGGUGUGGAGGGGAGGGCAGAGCUGAGGGGGUGGGAUAAACAGGCGCUAAAAGCCACAGGUGUUUGUGAGAUUAGAAGUUGGGAGUCGCAGAGAGUGUGUUGAGAGCUUACGUCGUCCUCCUCCUCUCUUCCCUGCCUAACAGCAAAACAAACAAAAAACUGUCUGCGGUUUGGGAAAAAAUGUGAUCAACAAGAAAUAAUUGAAAUUCUGAAAAAAAAAAUGUAAAAAAAUAAAAUAAAAAGUCCUGAGAAAGUCCUGACUUCAGCAGCCGGUGCCAACUCCCUUGUAUGUGAAUAAAGUGGGUUAAAUGGAAACAGGAGUUUGCCAGUUGUGUUUGCAAGUUUGUAUUACAUUUGAUUAAACUUUCAUUUUUUAAGCUGUAGAUGUGGUGGAAAAUGACCAGCAACCGAACACAAGCUAAUUUAUUAUUGUUUUUAUUGUUAUAUUUUUUAAGUGUCUGUCAGUGUCAUUUUCACAGAUUACCUUAAAAUACAGCUGUGUAGCCGUCAAUGCUAAUUUGCUAUCUGCCUUAGUUUUAGCCCUUUGUAAGUAAACGCUAAACACUGCAUGUCCGGUGAUAUUAAAGACCUAUAUGUUACCUCCCA